AUGAAUACCAGAAUUAGUCGUGCUAUCAAGGCUAGCAAUGAGCUCAUAACAAAUUUGCAUCGUGAUGGGUUAGAUCGUGGAUGCAUCGCGACAUUUAAUGAUUCUUUAGUGAUUAGACAGAGCUUUACUACUAGUGAGACAAUGCUGCACCGUUCUCUCAAUAGCUUAGAAAAUGUUGCGAGGGGUGGAACUCGCCUCUACGACAGUAUGGUCGACGUGGCAACAGAUACCUUCCGUCGAAAAGCCGACGCUUCUCGUCCUUGGAUCAUGAUUAUCGUGACUGAUGGAGAAGAUACCCGCAGCAAGAGGACUGCUAAUCAGUGCAGCAAAGAUAUCUAUAGUAAAUUCACCAAUGUGGACAAUAACUUUUUAUUUGUCCUCGGGGUUGGAGAUGGUGUAAAUGGAGAAGAGAUGGAAAAGAUUGCAAGUUCUGGAAAAUUCACUUAUAUUCCUGUCAAAGAUUUUUACCUGCUUGAAUUUGCAUUCCUAACCAUUGCAAUGGAAAUUACCACCUCCAAUGUUCUUUCGAUUAAGCAAUUAUCUGUCAGUAAUGUUUCUGCUACGUGGGCCGAAGUUCAACAACGCAGAGAACUUAGUGACGUUGCCAUCGAUUAUACUUUGUUGAUCGAUGUAUCUGGAUCCAUGACAUUAACAUUACAAGACCCCUUGCCUUUAUGUUUUGCGGGACAUGAAUUAAAAGAAUCAGGCGUGCGUCAAUGGUUUUGUGACGUGUGUGGAAAAAACGGAACAACAUUGAAAUCUAAAUAUUAUUGCAGAACUUGCAGUUUUGAUGCUUGCCCUAGCCACUGCAAGCCUAAUGCUCGAUGUGUACCUGUUAAAAAAUGUGAUAGAAGUCAUUCUAUGCGAUAUGCAUCAUCUUAUGGACCAUGGAAAUGUGAUGAAUGUCAAAAGUUUUACGAAGGGAAACGCCUAAGAUGUCAACAAUGUGACUAUGAUGUGUGCCCGUCAUGUGUGGCACUUGAGGGUAUGAUUUUUGACCUGAUAAAGUUGGGUAUGGGGAGCCAGUAUUAUUGGUAA